CACACACACACACACACACACACACACACACACACACACCACGUCCUCUGAGAACUCAGCUGGCUGCGACCGCGCACACCCCGCCCCGGCGCGCGUCCCAGGCUGGUGGAGCGCAGAUCCAGAUCCCCUUAGCGGCCGCCGGGUCGGGUGUUCCCAGUCUCAGGUGGCGUUGAAGGGAGAGCCUGUGCUUGACAACUCGGUUGCGCUCGCCUAGACCUUCCGCCCUCCGUCAGGCCGGCGAAGGGAAAGGAGCGGGCGCGGCUGCCAUCCAGAGCCCACCUGCCGACCCUCGCGGCCCCGCUCCAGCUGUGCCUAGCUCCCAGCGCCCGCUCCGCAGCCGGAGCGCCACCCCGGCUCUGCCGGUGUCCCAGGCGACCCAAAGUAACUCGGCACGACUGCAGGACUUCGUUAUGGCCCGAGCGCGCGGGCUGCUGUGUCUGUGGCUAGGUUGCUUCUGCCUGAACCUGGCACUGGGACAGAGACCAAACUUGAACCUCCCGGGACUCCGCGGGGUUGCACCAAGCGACCGCACGACAGGUGGUGGCCCGAGCCCGGACCUGCGGCCGCACGACAAGGUGUCGGAGCAUAUGCUGUGGCUCUACGACAGGUACAGCGGCAGUAGCAGAGUCCAGGCUACCCGGACACCAGGCUCACAGCUCUCGGGUCCCCAGCCCCUGCGCGGCGGUAACACCGUCCGCAGCUUCAGAGCGGCAGCCGCAGGAAUUCUUCAAAGAAAGGGGUUGCACACUUUCAAUCUGACUUCUCUAACCAAGUCUGAAAACGUUUUGUCAGCCACGCUGUAUUUCUAUAUUGGAGAAUUAGUGAACAUGAGCUUGAGCUGUCCAGAACCCCAAGGAUGCUCCCAUCAUGCUCAGAGGCAACACAUCCAGAUAGAUCUCUCUGCAUGGAUCCUCAAAUCCAACCAAAGCCAGCUCUUGGGUCGUCUGUCUGUAGAUGUAGCCAAACCUUAUAGAGACAGUGUGUCUUGGCUGUCAAAAGACAUCACUCAGCUCUUAAGGAAGGCCAAGCAGAAUGAGGAGUUUCUCAUAGGAUUUAACAUUACCUCCAGAGCACAUGAGCUUCCCAAGAGGAUACUGCUUUCCCCGGAACCUUAUAUCUUGGUAUAUGCCAACGAUGCUGCCAUUUCUGAGCCAGAAAGCGUGGUAUCCAGCUUACAGAGACACCGAGAUUUUACAGUGGGAACUGUGCCCAGACUAGAUAGCCAUGUCAGAGAAGCCCUCUCAGCUGAGAGGAGGAAGAAGCGCUCUACUGGGAUCUUGUUGCCAUUGCAGAACAAUGAGCUACCUGGGGCAGAGUAUCAGUACAAGGAGGAUGGAGUAUGGGAGGAGAGGAAGCCUUAUAAGAGCCUUCAGACUCAGCCCCCUGAGAAGAGCAGGAACAAAAAGAAGCAGAGGAAAGGGUCCCAUCAGAAGGGACAGACACUGCAGUUUGAUGAGCAGACCCUGAAGAAGGCGAGGCGAAAGCAGUGGAUUGAACCUCGGAACUGUGCCAGGAGGUACCUUAAAGUGGACUUUGCUGAUAUUGGCUGGAGCGAAUGGAUUAUCUCCCCCAAGUCAUUUGAUGCUUACUACUGUUCCGGAGCCUGCCAGUUCCCCAUGCCAAAGUCUUUGAAGCCAUCAAAUCAUGCCACCAUCCAGAGCAUAGUGAGAGCAGUGGGGGUCGUCUCUGGAAUUCCCGAGCCUUGCUGUGUGCCAGAAAAGAUGUCCUCACUCAGCAUCUUGUUCUUUGAUGAAAACAAGAAUGUAGUGCUCAAAGUCUAUCCUAACAUGACAGUAGACUCUUGUGCUUGUAGAUAACCCAGUCAAGCGCUCACUCAGAUGCUCCAUCCAAUCAUUAGUUGGGUUUUAUGGACUUUUUAUUUUUUGCACUGCCAAUGCAUUUUUGUCCCAAAAGAUGUUUUAUAGGAGAAAGAAAAUGAACAAAUAGAUUGAAGAUUUCCACCAAACAAAACCAGACUGGAUUUUCCUUUGAAUGUAACUAAAAAUAAGAUUUUAGUAAAUGUGGACAUCUAUUUCUUUUGUUUCUUAAUCACAUAAGAAAAAUUGUUACUCAAACUGUUUUUAGAAGUGUUAGAGAACAUUGACUUAUUUUUGUAUUGGGCUUAAAGACUAGGUGGGAAACAACAGCAAUAACUUCUCAUUUGUCGCUACUCAUAUAAAAGUGAAAGGGAAGUGGGCAAGAGUCUUGUAAUGUUUUUCACUAGGUUUCUUGCCUUAGGCUCCUGAGCAGCCAGCAGCUGCUAACACCGUCUGACUUUGAUGUUCAUCUGGAAGGUUUCUGAGACUUGUUUAAUCCUCGAUGUUUCUCCACAAUCUUGGUGUAAGUCAAGCUAGUGUGCUUAGAGUGCUAGUGUGAGUGUGCGUGUACCAGCUCCAUGUACCUCUUGUAGAAAAAAAAAAAAGUUUCCUUAAUGUGGUUCUAUAGCUGCAUCUUCAUGGCAUUCCUUCGUUUUUGUCAAUAUCAUAUUCUGGCGAGCACCAUCCAUCCAAGAGCCUGUGCCAAGAGUGACACAUCACUUAUUGGAAAUAUAGAUGUUUUUACUGCCUUGACUCCUAGAAAAAGAGAGCGAGAGGCUUCAUUUUUGAAACCCCAGCCCUCAUUCUUCUGCAGCUUGCUUUCUUUUUUAUCCUUCAUGUAUUGUCAUUUGCUCCAAGCUAAUUUAGGAAAUGCUUCCUGGAGAUAUUAGCUUUCCAGUUUUCUUACUAUUUUGCUCUCUUUUCAUGUGAUGUUGUUCAUAGAUGUUGAGGUUUACAAGCUGUUGUUAAAAAUGACCAAGUGAAUUACUGUCUCAUGGUGACUAUCAUGUUCCAUACCUGUUUCUAGGCUCUUCUGCACAAAGAUCAAGAUACUGUCCUCAGUCAUGGACCCUAUCCUCCAUCAUAGACCCUAUACUCCAUCAAAGCCUACUAAAAACUAUUCACCAGGAAAGAGAGUCAACACAGACACAGUUUAUUUCCAUUUCCACUUGUCAUAAGUACGUCGUCUUUGAUUUCUGUCUUUGAAAGUUGUUUUAUCUUUCACUCACACACUGGUAAGGUAUCUCGGUGGCUAACGGUGCUUGCUAGCAAACCAUUCCUGGAACCCACAUGGCAGAAGGAGAAAACCAGCUCCCAUAAGUUAUCCUCUGACCUCUACACACACACACACUUAAAAAGUUUUAAAGAUAUUCUGGUCUCUGUACUUAUCUGAAAGAUGGAAGUGAUUUUACUUCAUAGAUGGUUGGUGGCUUUGUCUCUGAGGACACUCCUGAUUUUAGUUCACUCUUAUAUGAUGAUUAGAUAUUACAGAGCCUGUAUGAGAUCAGAAUAUAUGUUUUUUCCCAUUUCUGCCUGUAGCUAUUGGCUGUCGAGUCAUUAGAAAAUAGUGGUUGAAUGUGUCAUGUUUGAAGGGCACUGCAACCCCCACGGGUAAAGCAAGAGGCUGAUUGGCCCGGCUGGGAAGGCUGAGAGUUUGGUUUCUAAAGAGCUGUUCCAUACAUCAUCUUUCAGGGGUGGUGAUAAGCAGAUGCAGAAAUACUACAAGUGUCUCCGUUCAUAAAUCAGAUGAAGCGACAGGUUCACUAUGCAAUAUUUUUUCUAUUUGAAGGCUAUUACAUAAGACGGCCAGGCAAAGCUCUUUCCACUUUGAAAGGAUUAACAUAGUGUGGAAUCGUCCUAACUCUCAAGGAGUCACAGAAGGUUUGCAUGGCUAAGAGCAAG